UCCAGAAGUCAGUGUCGGCUUUACAGUUUACAUGAGGCUUGUCGGGAGACGAGAGAGGACUCAGCGACACGCUAAGUUUGCAUGUGUUUCUCCCAGAUGGGAAAGUGGUGGGGGCGGAAUAAUCCUACGUUCUGAAGCCACUGCCGCUAGCUAUUGCAAGUUUAAACAGCAAACAUAAUAACCUAUCAAUGUGCUUAUUAUUGUAAACGCGUUUUAAAAGUAUAAAGAAUGUCCUAAAAGGUAUUCAAAAUGCGUAGAAUUCUACUAAAACCAGGAUUUGUAAAGUGUGACAGUGCGAGUGUGGAAAAAGUCGACAUGUGGAUGAAUUGUAUGCAGUAUUUGAAAUUAUAUUAUCUAAAAUUCAUGCAACGACCCCCUUUUGAUGAAAUUCUUCAUCAAAAUAUGUAUUUUAAAUUCUACAUUUUUUGCAAAUGUUGGUUUGGUGUUUAAUAUGUAAAUAGGGGAGUGCCUAAAAAUUAAGCUUCCACAAUGGCGAUAUUCGAAAUUUUGUGCAUAUUCGCAGCAAUUUUUCUUUUCAUCUACUACUACAUCAUUACAAAAAGUGAUUUCUGGGAAAUUCGAGGUGUCAAACAACCGAAACCAUUAGGUUUUUUCGAAAAUUUAACGAACCUCGUAACAAAUCGAAUAUUCAUUGGGGAUCGUUUUAAAAAAAUGUAUGAUGAAUUCCAUGACGAACUUAUGAUUGGAAUUUUUCUUGGAAAAACGCCAUUUCUUAUGCUGAAGGACCCAGAUUUAAUAAAAGAUGUGUUGAUCAAAGACUUCAAUCAAUUUGCCGAUCGUGGUAUAAGGCUUCAUGAAAAAGUAGAUCCUUUGUCUGCACAUUUAUUCUCCCUGGAACCCAAAAGAUGGCGGCCUCUUAGAAAAAAUCUGUCGCCUGCUUUUACAUCCGGAAAAUUAAAGGACAUGUUUUAUUUGAUUUUGAAAAGUUCUGAUAACAUGGAAAAGCAUCUGGAAGAAAUAGUACCUCAAAAGAAACCAAUUGAGUGUCGUGAACUCACAGCAAAGUAUACUACAGACGUGAUAGGUUCUUGCGCGUUUGGAAUUGAUGUCAAUGCUUUUUCUGACGAGAAAAAUGAAUUUCUCAGAAUGGGGAAAAAAAUAUUCGACGUGGGUUUUCAACGAACUUUGAAAAUGAAAAUCAUGCAAUUAACGCCGUGGAUAUAUGAUUUACUUGGUCCUUUGAUAACAGAUACUGAGAUGCACAGUUUUUUUAUAAACUUGAUCAAAGACACAAUGCAAUAUAGGAAAGAAAAUAAUGUAUCUAGGCAUGAUUUUGUUGACUUACUAAGGCACAUGAAGGAAAAUUCAGAUAGUUUGGGUGAUAUAGAUCUUACGGACUCUUUGCUGGCUGCUCAGGCAAAUGUCUUCUAUGCCGCUGGAUUCGAAACUUCGUCAACAACAAUCAGUCAUGCUUUGUAUGAACUAGCGCAGAAUACUUCAAUUCAGGAUAAACUUCGUAAUGAAAUUCAAGAAAGUUUAAAAAAAUCAGACGGACAAUUAACAUACGAUGGUGUGAAGAAUAUGAAGUAUUUACACAAGGUCUUUCAAGAAACUCUCAGGAAGUACCCACCAGUGCCACUUCUAAUGAGAAGCUCCUUAGAAAAAUAUACAUUUUCUGGUACCAACGUCACAAUACCAAAAGGCCAAAGAGUUUGGAUACCAGCUUAUCCAAUUCAACGAGAUCCAAAAUAUUAUCCAAUGCCAGAGACUUUUGAUCCAGAAAGAUUUGAUGAAGAGACAAUACAAUCAAGACAUCCUAUGCUAUUUUUGCCAUUUGGAGAUGGUCCCAGAAAUUGCAUUGGGGCAAGGUUUGCUGAUAAUCAAACGAAAGUCGGUCUCAUAAAAAUACUAAAAAAUUAUAGGGUUGAUGUAUGUGAAAAAACACCUAUUCCCUAUGUGGUUAAUCCAAAUUCAUUCUUAAUGCGACCCGUGGACGGCAUUGAUCUAAAAUUUACAAAAUUGUAUAUUAAAUGA